ACGGUCACACUUCACUGGCAGGCAAAAAUGUUCACUUUUCAUAACUAAACAAAACAAAGCUAUUUACGAAAAAAAAACGAGAUAUAAACGGCGAUGAGUGCCACGACUAGAACACCUGCCACACCGGGCACACCUGGCACACCUGGCACUCCCGGCAGCCUGGCCAUGGAAGUGGCCCGCGUCCAGAAUUCAGCCCUCGCCGAGUUCAAAAAGCCCACGGCGAUGGUGCGCCACAAGAACAAGCCAAAGAUCCUUACCGAGGAGAAGUACAUCGAGGAGAUGUCCAAGAUCAUCCAGCGCGACUUCUUUCCCGAUCUGGAGCGGCUGCGUGCUCAGAACGACUACCUGGACGCGGAGUCACGUCGCGACUUUGUACAAAUGGCCGAGAUUCGGGAGCGCUACAGCCUGGGCAGGAUUUCCGGGACAGGAAGAAGCACCAGCCGACGGAAUAAUGCGAUGUCCCCGGCCACAUUUGAGACACCAGUGAGUCAAGGGAAAUGUAGCAACACCCCAUUGCCCAAUUCCCGGGCCACAGACACACCAUUUUCCACGGACGGAUCGGAGAAGAGCGAUGCCGAGGGCGGGGACACCACCGCCAAGCUAUCGCUGGACGCCUUUCUGCAGAAGUACACCAGCGAGGAUAACCAGAGCUUUCAGGAGAUAAUCGAAACGGCCGAGGCCAAGCUGCGCCAGAAAUACGCAGUGCUGUACAACCAUGAGAAGCUCUCCGCAGAGCAACUGCAGCGGGCUCUAAUGCUGCCCAGCAUAGAAAAGCAAUUCGAGGAGCCAGAUCCGCUAAGAAAGAUCGAAACCUGGAACUACACCAACAUGAACUCCAUUAUGUACGUGCCCGAUGGCGUGGAGUACACAGAGGAGGAGCGCGUCCAGUUGGCCGAGCGGAAGCAGAGCAUCCAACACAAUGCCACCAGGCUGCCCGAUGAGGCAAAGCACCGCGAAAUCGACACUAAAAAGCUGAAUGAAGUGCCCCAAAAUGGGGCAGAUGGUGCUACAGCCACUCCGAAGGUACGCGGCUUCGAUUUGUUGCGCUCACCAUCACCGCGACCCGGAGAGGCUUUCUCGCCCAUCAUGACCUGGGGUGAGAUCGAUGGCACUCCCUUUCGCCUGGACGGAGGCGAUACCCCAUUGCGGCCCACACAAGGACCCUCGUUUCGGAUUAAUGAGAACUCUCGGCGCGAAAACAUCGCCAUCGCUUUGGCCGAGAGGGUCAGCGAAAGGAUGCGAAAUCAAAAACAAAUGGCUCUGGAUACGGCGCGUCGUAACAUUGGCUCACCACUGAUACGCACCAAUAUGGAACGGCUGGCCAGCAUGUCGCCGGCAGCGCAGCUACUGGCCACGGGUAAGCUGGGUAUCCGCGGCACGCCCCGAUUAAGGCACACACCAUCGCCGCUGAGCGCCAGAAAACGAAAGGUUACGCCCGGCGUGGUGAGGAGCACCAAUACGCCACUGGGUGAACCCAAACCGCAGGCCAAGAUUAGCACUCCGGCUAAGAACGUUACCAUUGAUACGGGAUCCACGCUCACGGACGAUCUGCUCAAGAUACCCACUAAACGACGCACUGCAGCCGAUUUCUUUUAGCACAUAACAUACCCCAGCUACAUUGUUCUACAUUAUAAUUUCAUCAGAAUACCCCAUAGUCCCACAGUUAUUACGAAUUGUGCAUAUAUUUCUUAUAAAUAGAAGACGAGUUGUUGGAAAGAA